AUGCGCUCCGGCAUCCCUGGGACAGCUGGGUAUCUGGAUGGCACCAUUAUCGUGGGUCGCUCCCCUGCCGAGCUGCAAGACCGAGUGUGCGCAGAACUCGAACAGGUACAGGAAUAUGGGUUCCGCCUGCGGGCAGACAAGUGCCAAUUUUUCCUCGACUCCAUCAAGUACCUUGGAUUCGUUUUUGACGUCACUGGUCGCCAUCCAGAUCCUGAAAACAUUCGGGCCAUCCAACGAAUGUAUGUACCCAAGUACGUAUGCAACUUCUUUCGUUCAUUGUCCUGAUCAGCUACUAUAGCACCUUUCUACCAUCGCUGCACGCGUACGGUGCCCGCUCACCCGUCUGCUGCAGAGGAAUGCUCACAGGUGCUGGUCCUUCAACCACGAAAAGGCCUUCACCCAGCUAA